AGCUGUAUACGCGCUACACUGUUCACUGCAUACCAUUUUAAUUGAUUUGUUUUUAAACUUUACGCACGUUUAGCUUGUUAAUGUUUGUUGUCUUGUUACCGAAGUUAGCUUGUUUGAAAACGAGGCUUUGUUGUAGCUAGCUCACGUUAGCUUUACUGUUAGCUUUAAGCCUUUCUCUUACAGCACAUGUAAAGUUAAGUUUUCAUUAUUUCAGGAACUACUUCACACAUUUAUACUCUAUCUUCUCAUUGAUGUCUGCGGGUAAACAUCAACUGUGACAAUGUCUGAUAGUGACGGCUUAGCUUCUGAGCCUGCUGGACUUGAGGGUCUGCCACCCAUGUACAGCAUUGCCAAAGGGGAGGUUGUUUCUGUGCAGACCUAUGGAGCCUUUGUCAGACUGCCUGGAUACAAGAAGGAAGGCCUGGUACAUGUGAGUGAAAUGUCAGCAUCUCGGGUUGAGAAUGCCUCAGAGAUUGUGGAUGUUGGGGAAAAGGUGUGGAUUAAAGUCAUAGGAAGAGAGAUUCGUGGUGACAAGGUGAAACUGUCCUUCUCAAUGAAAGCUGUCAAUCAGGGCACAGGGCAGGACCAGGACCCAAACAAUGUUAUGGCCGAACAGGAUUCAAGGCGACGUAAGCAGUUCAGAGAUCACACAGGCAACAGGAUCACACUGGAGGCUGUACUCAACACAACUUGCUCAAAGUGUGGCUGCAAAGGUCACUUCACAAAGGACUGUUUCUCUGCCCCCGGCUUGCAGUACGCUCUUUUGCCUGAAGAUGAUGAUGUAGCUCCACAGCAGCCACAACAGCAGACCUCCACAGUUGCACCACAGCAGGACUCAGACAAAAAGAAGAAGAAAAAGAAGGAGAAGAAAUUGAAGAAGAAGAGGAAGAGGGAGAGGAAAGAGUCGGAGAGCGACAGCAGCAGCAGCAGUAGUGAAUGUAAAACCAAGAGGAGGCGCCGUGACUCAGACAGAGAGGACAAAAAGAAGAAGAAACACAAGAAACAUAAAUCACACAAACACGACUGAGGCAACCACACAUCUACAGUCACUUGUACACACACAGACACAUACCCCAGCUAGCAGACAGACACAAGAGGGGAAGUGGGUGCAAGAGACAGAAUGGCAGACUUCCUGCUUUGUAUCUUUAAAUGAAAUGAUAGAAUCAUCCUUUUAAGUUCUGAAUGUUGGGCGUAUGCCUCCACUUAGACAUUGCAUCAAGUUUAAAAAAAGAAUAAAAAAUUCAAAACGUAGCAAGAGGGACAGUGCUGUAAAAAUCCAGGGAUAAGCAUCCUUGUUCUAAAGUAACCUCCAGCUCCCCCCACAGAGGGAGGGGCUUGCACACCCUACGUAACAGGAUAAGUGUAAGUCAUAUGGCAGCAAGUGGCUAUCCCCCUCUGAAUCCAGAUAUUGUUUUCAGCUAUCUGGUUUCUUACUCUCUGGGAAAUCCAUUAAAACAGUGAAGCUGAGGGGGUCUGACAUAAAAGUCCUGAACAAACCACACAGACAAAGAUAAACACAAACACACAGACACAUAUAGGAAGUAGUCAAACACAAACAGGACAUGUAUUUCAGCACAAGUGAGCCUGACAGGAAGUUAAAGCUUCAGUGAUAUCCUGAGGCUGUCUGUCCCUUUAUUUGUGCGAUUGUGUGUACAUGUGGUUUGUGUAUCUUGCCUCCAAGGGACUGCCCGCAGGAAACACUAACACACACACACACAUCUAACCUUCCUGCAUGUCAACUGCUUCUGCUUCAUUAAAAGUGUUUUUAUUUGUACUGUA